GUUUGAUAUAAUAAGCUAUCGAAAAUCUUGUUUUAGUGAUCAUUUAGAAGAGUAAGUUUAUUAUUCUGUUAUAAUAACAUUAUUUUUAUUUUCGUCUUUUACAUUAUCCACAAAUUGAAGUACUGAUGCCAUCUAAAAAGAAAACAAUAAUGCAAACAUUAUGUUGUUGUUACCCGUGCUUCAUCAGCAAAUCAGAAACGAUGGGACUGUUGCCCUCUGGUGUAGUGAAUAAUCGUAAACAACUUUUCUUUGUGAUUCCGAAAACGAAAAUAGUGUCAAAGGACUCAAAGCCAAAGAUGGCCGACGUGAACAGGAAAAGAUUGUUUGAGUUGUUGAAACGGCCAGGAAACAAUACUUGUGUGGACUGCGGAGCCUCAGAGCCAGAAUGGGCAUCUUACAACUUGGGAAUCUUUCUUUGUACCCAAUGUGCUGACUUUCAUAGGAGCCUGGGACCCCACAUUAGCAAAGUCAAGUCCAUUAGGAGUGACCACUGGGACACUUCUCAAGUAGACAUGAUGGAGAAUGGAGGUAAUCACAGAGCCCAUGUCAAGUAUGAGAUCCAUGUCCCUGUCUGUUACAGAAGACCCCUAGCACAUGAUGUUCAAGUCUUGAAAGAAGAAUGGAUUCGGGCCAAGUAUGAAAGAGAGGAGUUCAUCCAUAUUGAUAAGCAGGUGUAUUUAAGUGGUCGGAUGGAAGGAAUAUUGUGGAAGCGUGGAAAAGAGGAUGGUAGAUUUAAUCCUCGUAAAUUUGUGCUUAAUGAAGCAGAUGAUACACUUAAGUAUUAUGUGAAGGAAGUAAGUAACAAAGACAUAAUUCACUGGUAUACAGCUAUCAGGUCAGCAAAACUCAACCGGCUUCAAGUGGCUUUUCCUGGAACUAGUGAAUUAGAACUAGCACGACAUCUUACUAGGGAUUUUCUUAAGGAAGGAUGGCUAAGAAAAAUGGGUCCAAGAAGUGGUGAUUCUUAUAAGCUUCGUUGGUGUUCCUUGGACGACAGAAAACUAAUGUAUCUAGAAAAUCCUCUUGAUCCCUAUCCAAAAGGAGAAAUAUUUCUUGGUUACCAUGGUUAUGGUAUUAAACCCAAAGUUCCUGAGGGUGUGAAGACAUAUGGUUUUGGUUUUACACUUCAGACUCCAGAGCGAUUGUUUGUAUUUGGAUCAGAUAGAGACCAAGAUCGACAGGAGUGGUUAACUGCUUUACAGCAGGUUAUAGAUCGUCCGUUAACACCACAGGACAACUUUAUGGCAGCCAACUUAGUAAAGAAGAGGUCUACAUUAGCAUCAUCUCUUCAACUACUUAGAGUUUUGUAGCAACCAUGUUUUUGACACACCUGGGUUACUAUAACAGCCAAGCAGUUAACUAAUCAGAACCUUACUACUCUUGAAUUGGGUUACUGUAAUUUCUAAGUUGUUAUUACAUACUUGAAUUGGGUUACUGUAAUUUCUAAGUUGUUAUUACAUAUUUUCGGAUAUCUUUACCUAGACUUCUAUCACUUAUCAUUUCAAGAUUUUUAACAACUUAGUAGUUGCCAAGUUAUUAUUAUACCUGAUUUAGUAUAUCAGACAACUAACUUGUCGUUUCAUCUUUCACAGAGUUCUCUUUACAGGUUUUACUUUACUAACUUUAUUAUUUAUUAACAGGUUAGUGGUUACUACAAAAUUUUAUAUUCGAAGAGUUACCACUGAAGAAGGGUACAGUAAUUCCUAAGAAUUUACCACAAAAUUAUUACACUUAGUAACCAAGUUACUUACAUACCUGAUACAGGCUUCUGUAAUAAGAUAUUGCAUAUCACAUCAUCAUUGGCAUUCAAUAACCAGGUUCUUUAUAAACCUGAUAUAGGCUUCUGUAACAAGAUAUUGCAUAUUACAUCAUCAUUGUCAUUCAGUAACCAGUUUAUUCAUAUACCUGAUAUAGGCUUCUGUAACAAGAUAUUGCAUAUUACAUCAUCAUUGUCAUUCAGUAACCAGUUUAUUCAUAUACCUGAUAUAGGCUUCUGUAACAA